AAUAGAUGACCUGUAUUGUGAAGUCAAGUCGAGUCUUUUAUUUUGAAAUCUCUUGUCGCCAGCCACAUGCACACACGAGAGAGAGAGAGAGAGAGCGCUUUGCAUUGGCGUAGCUACGCUGGCACGCCAAGUAUGAGAUAAGUUUCCUGGGUGAACUGGGCUGGUCGCCGGCCGUUGUCGCGUUCUUGGAGAAACAACAUAGCCCGGUGGACGUCGAGAAGUCGCGGAGACAAGUCAGUGGCGCUGGAAGGACCGGCGGAUACGCACGUAGUUGUGUUUUUUUUCGGGACACGGAGAGCAGCGGCUCGAGCAGCAGCAGCAGCAGCAGCACAGCGGGCGGAGGAGCAGGCGCUUGGCGGACUGCUUUGGCGGCGGUGCCGCUGCUAGCGAAACAUGAACAAAACCCACCGAGUGCCGAGCAACCGUUCCCUGAGCACCGUGGAGGUGAAGAGCAAGUUUGGUGCAGAGUUUCGUCGGUUCUCGCUGGAUCGCUCGAAACCGGGCCGCUUCGAUGAGUUCUACGGCCUCCUGCAGCACGUGCAUCACAUCCCCAACGUGGAGCUGCUGGUGGGCUACGCCGACGUCCACGGCGACCUGCUGCCCAUCAACAAUGAUGACAACUACCACAAAGCCAUCUCCACCGCCAGCCCCCUGCUCAGACUGUUCCUGCAGAGGAAAGAGGAAGCAGACUACACGUUUGGUACCAACUCGCUGACCAGGAAGAAGAACACGGUGCUGUCGGCGGUUCUCUUGCGGCCCGACGCCACCAAGAAGAAACCGCCGGUCAUCAUCAGCCUCCCGCGGGACUUCCGCCCCGUCUCCUCCAUCAUCGACGUGGACAUCCUGCCUGAGACGCACCGGCGCGUUCGCCUGUACAAGCACGGCCAGGAGAAGCCCCUGGGCUUCUACAUCCGCGACGGCUCCAGCGUGCGGGUCACUCCUCAGGGCCUGGAGAAGGUCCCGGGGAUAUUCAUCUCCCGCAUGGUGCCCGGCGGGCUGGCAGAGAGCACCGGCCUGCUGGCAGUCAACGACGAAGUUCUGGAGGUCAACGGCAUCGAGGUGGUUGGGAAGUCUCUGGACCAGGUGACGGACAUGAUGAUCGCCAACAGCCACAACCUCAUCAUCACCGUCAAGCCCGCCAACCAGCGGAACAAUGUUGUUCGCGGUGGAGGAGGAGGAGGAGGAGGAGGAGGAGGAGGAGGCGGCACGGCGUCCGGUAGCUCAGGGCGCUCGUCGGACAGCGGCGCCAGCUACUACGGCUACUCGUCGCAAGGUGGGGUCGGUGCCGCCGCCCCCGCGCCGUCGCACAUCAUCCAGAACUUCCCCGUCGGCGAGCUGGAGAGCGAAGAGGAGGACGAGGACCUGGUGAUCGAGGUGGGCGGCGCGGCCGAGCCGCUCAGCCGCGACCCGGCCGACUACACCGACUACAGCAUGGCCUCGGUGCCCCGCUACGAGCCACACCUCAACCUCCGCACCUCCUCCGCCCUCUCUGUCAACGGCGCCGUGCUGGCCAGCGGCAGCAGCGGGUCGCUAAGCAACGCCAACUCGACCACACCGUCCCCAGACAGAGCGGCUGAGAUGCGGAGCCUGGAAGAGGACGGGACUGUCAUAACUCUGUAGGAGGGGACUUUCGCUCCCGACUAAACACUGGAAACGUUACCCACACACAUGGGAGUCCAAGGUAACCGGCGGAUCGAGCUCGGCUGCAUCCUUCACCAUCAUAAAUAUGACUGUAGCAGAGAAGCAAAAUGUGUACUCUUUGGAUCUCAUGUGACUGACAGCAGACAUGUGUGUUCUUCCUUACGUCGCGUUGGACACUUAACACUCUUUUCUCGUCGACAUGCCAAUAACCAUGCAUGUGUGCCAUAGCGAUGCCCCCCCCCACCCUUCACUCACACACACACACACACACACACCACCCAGGCCUGCAGGCACAAAAAUGUCAGGCAAAAAGAGUGUAGCAGAAGUGUAAUUUGAUGCCGCCUCACUCUCCUCUUCUUUUCUAAACCACUAUGAGCACUUGAUUUGCACCCGGAAGAUUGUGUUACGCUGAGCUUCCACAGGAGGGCAGAGAGGAGACACCACAUCCUUAUUGUCAGUCCCAUGAAUAGAUGAAGCUUUAACAAGUCAUCCACACCUCAUAACAAACACUGAAGUAGUGCUUUUGUUAACAAUCUGUGGCUGUUUCUUCCCUUUUUCUUUCAUUUAGUUUUGCUUUGUCACCCGACUGUGACCUCCUCCCCUCCCUCAAGUGACCACAGUACAAUAAUAGCAUGGUUUCUAUGCGAGGAAAAAGCAUGUAGAAAGAAAAAAACUACUCUGAGUUCUUCAUUUUAGCUCUGAUGCUUUUAACUGUCAUUCCCCCCGCCCAUAUUUUUUACUCGCUGCGUCAAUAAUUGACUGAUAAUGAACGGUUACUAUUUUCAAAAUCUCUUUACCAUCAUGCCGGUUUAAUAUUUAACAAAAAUAGCAUGACAUUAUGUUUCUGUUUUCCUUUUUUUUUUUUUUUUUU